CAGUCGGGAGCCAGGCGGAGCCCGAACCUGGCGGAGAAAUCUGCACCCACUGCCGGGCCCCCAGACCCCGCCGCCGCUGCUGCUGCCUCUGUCCAGCCUUGGCAAUGGCAAUGGCCUUCGUGUCUCCCGAUGCGCUUGUGACUGACUGGGACAUGAAAUGCUAAGAUCUCACGCCUGUUCCCCAACCGAGUCGCGCAGGCAGUAACCACCUGGGCUCACUUGGGCUGAACUGCUGCUUCUCUGGAUUCUUUCCGACUCUGGGGGCACUAUGGAUCAAAGUGGAAUGGAGAUUCCUGUGACUCUCAUAAUUAAAGCACCGAAUCAGAAAUACAGUGACCAGACUAUUAGCUGCUUCUUGAACUGGACCGUGGGGAAACUAAAAACGCAUCUAUCUAACGUGUACCCUAGCAAACCAUUGACAAAGGAUCAGAGAUUGGUGUAUUCGGGCCGACUGCUUCCGGAUCAUCUGCAGCUGAAAGAUAUUCUCAGAAAACAAGAUGAGUAUCAUAUGGUUCAUCUAGUAUGUACUUCUCGGACCCCUCCCAGUUCUCCAAAACCUUGCAGCAGUAGAGAAAAUCAUGAAGCAUUGGCAUCCAGCAGCAAUUCUAGCUCCGAUCAUUCAGGGUCAACCACUCCAUCGUCCAGUCAAGAAGCCUUGUCUAUAGGUGCCAGUUCUUCCACAGACGGAUUAAGGCAACGUACCCUUCCACAAGCACAAACUGACCCAGCAGAGAGUCAUCAAUUCCAAUAUGUCAUGCAAGGAAAUGUAGACAACCAAUUUCCUGGGCAAGCGGUUCCGGCUGGGUUCCCAGUGUAUCCUGCUUUCAGCCCCCUGCAGAUGCUGUGGUGGCAACAGAUGUACGCUCAUCAGUAUUACAUGCAAUACCAAGCUGCAGUUUCAGCUCAGGCCACAUCAAAUGCCAACCCAGCUCAGCCUGCCACUCCACAGCCUCUAAAUUUGGCACAUGUUCCUGGAGAAGAUCCCCCACCAGCUCCAAAUCUUGUGGCUCAAGAAAAUCGACCCAUGAAUGAGAAUGUUCAAAUGAAUGCCCAGGGAGGUCCAGUGCUAAACGAAGAAGACUUCAAUCGAGACUGGCUAGACUGGAUGUAUACGUUCUCACGAGCUGCAGUUCUUCUUAGCAUUGUUUACUUCUAUUCUUCUUUUAGUAGGUUUAUCAUGGUAAUGGGAGCUAUGCUACUGGUUUAUCUACAUCAAGCUGGAUGGUUCCCUUUUAGGCAAGAAGGAGGUCAGCAACAGGUUCCCAACAAUAAUGCUGAAGUCAACAACGAUGGGCAAGAUGGCAAUCAUCGAGAGCUCGAAGAAAUGGAGCGCCUCAUGGAUGAUGGGCUUGAUGAUGAGAGUGGAGAAGAUGCAGGUGAAGAUGGCAGUGCAACUCAAAGGCCGGGAUUAAUGGCUUCAGCCUGGUCUUUCAUCACCGCCUUCUUUACGUCACUCAUACCAGAGGGGCCUCCCCAGGUUGCCAAUUAGAACUGAAAACCUGUGCUAGCUGCAAAGGAGGGUCUGACUUCAGCAAAGUGUUUUAAAUAACAGUGCAAUUUAAAAAAAAUUUAUAACUUUCUUUUGAUCAUGUACAGAGAGGUGUUUUUUUCUUUAAGCUUCUCAUGCGUAUGACAUUUUAAGCACAAAUGGACUACUAAAUGUGUGAUUUUUUUUUUUUUAAUUCUAACAGAACAUAGUGUAACAAUAUUUGUCUUCCAGGUUUUAUUCAUUUCAAUUAUGUGCAUUAUACCAAGACAGACCUAUUUGUGUGUCUUAUUUCUUUAAAGAGCUGCUUCA